CAUCCGUAUGUUUUUGUUUGAAAAAGUUUAAAAAGUUUAUUAUUUUUGUUUAUUGUAUCAACAUCCAGUAAUUAAAGUUAUUUGUGAUUGUUUUAUCCCCAUAAAAAAAUACAUUUCAAGUUAAUAAAUUAAAAAAAGCAUGAAAAAUGGCUGAAAAUGGUAAAACAAUGCAUGAUGAUGAGCCUGAAGCCACAAAUGAAAAAGCAAAACCAAUUAAAGGAAUUUCAAAGGACACUGUGCAUCAGCUAUGUUCUGGACAGGUUGUUCUAAGUCUGGCAGUUGCCGUAAAAGAAUUAGUAGAGAAUUCCAUUGAUGCCGGUGCAACUUUGGUUGAGGUAAAACUACACAAUCAAGGACUUGAUUCAGUUGAUGUCUCAGAUAAUGGUUGUGGUGUUGAGGAAUCUAACAUUGAAGCAAUGACUGCAAAAUACCAUACAUCAAAGUUACGAGAAUUUGUUGAUUUACAAGGAGUUGAGACAUUUGGUUUUCGUGGAGAAGCUUUGAGUUCACUUUGCUCUCUUUCUGAUAUGGUUGUCGUGACAAGGCAUAGUUCAACUAAUGUUGGACUACGUGUUGAACUCGAUCAUGAAGGUAAAAUAAAAAAGAAAACACCUUGCGCCAGGCAAGUUGGUACUACAGUUACCCUCAGUAACUUGUUUUCUACACUUCCUGUACGAAAACGCGAAUUCGUUCGAAACAUAAAAAAAGAAUUUUCAAAAAUGUGCCAAAUCCUACAAGGUUAUUGUCUUGUCUCUAAAGGUGUUCGUAUCAUUUGCACAAAUGUAAAUGCCAAAGGAUUUAAAUCGGUCAUACUUGCAACACAUGGAUCUCAAAAUUAUGUUGACAACAUUCAUGCGGUCUUUGGAGCAAAACAAGUAUCUGACUUGGUUCAAAUAAAAUCUCCAUUCGAAGAAAACCAACUUACCAUGGAAAGUUUUCAAGAUCUCAAUGAAACCGAUUCCAGUUUUCAAAUAACUGAAGAUGAUAUCGAAUUGAUUAAUGCCAAACAAUUUGAAUUGCAAGGAUGGAUAUCAAGUUGUGAUCAUGGUAAAGGAAGAGGUUCUAAAGAUAGACAAUAUUUUUUUGUUAAUUCAAGACCAUGUGAACCACAAAAUGUUGCUAAAGUAGUUAAUCAAAUCUACCAUCGCUAUAACCUUCAUCAAUAUCCCUUCAUUUUCCUCAAUGUUAUAACAGAACGAUCACAAGUUGAUGUUAAUUUAACACCAGAUAAGCGCCAAUUGCUGGUAAAUAAUGAAAAAAUUCUUUUGUUAGCAGUAAAGAAAGCCCUGCUCAAUACGUUUGGUAAUAUACCUUCAACUCUCAAAAUGAAAAACACCACUAUUGAUACUUUGUUUAAACUUAAAACAAAUGAUAGUACUACCACAGAUGUUGAUAGUGGUAAUGAAGAAAUUGUGCCAGCUAAUAAACCUGCAUUCCUACAAGUGUUAUCUCAAUGGAAAUCAACUGGUGAUAUUGAUGGACCAUUGAAGAAUAAAGGAUGUAAAAGGAAACCUGUAAAUGAAAUUGCAAUGCGAACGGCUAAAAUGAAAAAAAUUCAGCAAUAUCUAUCGAAUAAUGAUUCCCUUAAACAGCAGGAAUUUAACAAUUCAGUUGCUAGCUACAAAUCAGAUUCUGAUUCGGAUAAGGAUGGCGAUGUGAGUAUUUUUGAUGGUGAAAAAUUAAAAAAAGAAUCAAAAGGUAAGUUCUUUUGUUAUAUUCUUAAACUAGAAUUGAAAGAUUUUCUUUUUUUUUUAGAGUUUGAUAUCCUACUGCAAAACCAAAGCCUCCAAGAACAGGAUGAACUAGUUGAGAAAGUUGUUUGCAAAACCAUUACCGUCCCAAAUGUUAAAUUUUUUGAACAAAAACCAACUACCAACAACUGUGAUGAUGAUGAUAAUGAAAGCUUUAAAGAAAGUGAAAAUAACAUUAAGGACGAAAUAAAUGAUUCCAUAGAAAGAGAAGAAGAAGAAGUAGAAAAAGAAGACUUUCGAGAAAUUAUAGAAAACAAAACCGUCGUACUUGAUGAAAGCGACGACGAAGAGUGUGAAGUAUCCUAUCUUCCUUGUGGUAAAAUUCAAACUUCUAUAGAUGAAAUAAGAGCCGCUGUGCAGCUCGAAAAUGAUUUAGAAACGGAAAUGUUGGAAAAGAAAUUAAAUCGAUUAAAAUUUAAAAGUAAAAUUGAUCCAAAUCAAAAUAAAUCAGCUGAAGAAGAACUACAAUUAGAAAUCUCCAAAGAUAUGUUUGCUAAAAUGGAAAUAAUUGGUCAAUUUAAUUUGGGUUUCAUAGUAGUAAAGCUUGGUUCAGAUUUGUUAAUUGUCGAUCAACAUGCAUCUGAUGAGAAGUAUAACUUUGAACAGUUACAGAAAUCGACAACUUUGCAAUAUCAGCAAUUGGCAGUUCCACAGAGGCUAGAAAUGACUGCAGACAAUGAAAUGGUGUUGAUGGAUAAUUUGCAUGUCUUUGAAAAGAAUGGAUUUAAAUUUCAAAUUGAUGAAGAUGGUCCACCAACAAAUAGAGUGAAACUUCUUGGCAAGCCAUAUAGUAAACAAUGGGAAUUUGGAAAAGAUGAUAUUGAUGAAUUGAUAUUUAUGCUUAAGGAUGCACCCAAAGGUUCACUUUGUCGACCAUCUCGAAUAAGAGCUAUGUUUGCAUCCAGAGCAUGUAGAAAAUCUGUGAUGAUUGGUACGGCUUUAAAUCAAUCGAAAAUGCGUACAUUGAUUGAUCAUAUGGGAGAACUUGAUCAACCUUGGAAUUGUCCCCACGGCAGACCCACCAUGCGUCACUUGAUUAACACUGAUAUGCUUCUAGAGUCAAAAGAAAACGAAGAAGAUGAUGAAGAUGAAAAUAACGAUAAUGCAAGUAAAAAUUCAGAUUCAUCCUAAAAACCGUCUACAAAAAUAAAACAAAACACAAGUUAAUUCAUAUUUGGUCGUAUUUUACAAAAAUACCUGAUUUUUUAGUUCAUAAUAAAAAGAAAAUUAAAAAAGAAAAA